CUUUUAAGAAUGUUGAAGUUUGUGAUUUUAUUGUCAGCCGUUGUUUGCGUUUUGGGUGCUACCCUUCCCGAGGGUAUGCUGCCACAAUUGGAUGGUCGCAUUGUGGGCGGUGAAGUUACCACCAUCAACAACUUUCCCUGGCAAAUCUCCCUUCAACGUUCUGGUUCUCAUGCUUGUGGUGGUUCCAUCUACAGCUCUAACAUUAUAGUAACUGCUGCUCACUGCUUGCAAUCAGUCUCAGCCUCCGUAUUGAAAGUUCGCGCUGGUUCCACCUUCUGGAGCCAUGGUGGUGUUUUGAUUAAGGUUGCUGCUUUCAAGAAUCACGAAGGUUACAGUUCACGCACUAUGAUCAACGAUAUUGCUGUCAUUCGUUUGGACUCCUCCUUGACUAUGUCCUCUACUAUAAAACCCAUAAGCUUGGCUACUGUGGCUCCUCCUACUGGUGCUGCUGCUGUAGUUUCCGGUUGGGGUACCACCCGUUCUGGCGGUUAUGGCCUUCCAGCUGAAUUGAGAUAUGUCGAUGUUGAAAUGCUCAGCACCUCUGCUUGUGCUUCCUCCACUUACGGUUAUGGCUCGGAUAUCCAACCCACUAUGAUCUGCGCCUACACAGUCGGCAAAGAUGCUUGUCAAGGUGACUCUGGUGGCCCAUUGGUCUCUGGUGGUCUUUUAGUUGGUGUCGUCUCUUGGGGCUAUGGCUGCGCUUUCGCUAACUAUCCAGGUGUCUAUGCGGAUGUUGCAGUACUCCGCAGCUGGGUUGUAAACACAGCUUCAACUAUCUAAUAUAUCGAGUUAAAUAAAAAUAUGAUUAAGAACUUUUUAAUA